AUGAACCACCCAGCUCCUGUGAAAGUCACAUACAAGAACAUGAGAUUUCCUAUUACACACAAUCCAACCAAUGUGACCUUAAAUAAAUUUAUAGAGGAGCUUAAGAAGUAUGGAGCUACCACAAUAGUAAGAGUAUGUGAAGCAACUUAUGACCCUACUCUUGGGGAGAAAGAAGGUAUCCAUGUUCUCAAUUGGCCUUUUGGUGAUGGUGCACCACCAUCCAACCAGAUUGUUGCUGAUUGGUUACAUUUUGUAAAAAUUAAGUUUUGUGAAGAACCUGGUUGUUAUAUUGCUGUUCAUUGCAUCGUAGGCCUUGGGAGAGCUCCAGUACUUGUUGCCCUAGCAUCAAUUGAAGGUGGAAUGAAACAUGAAGAUGCAGUACAAUUCAUAGGACAAAAGCGGCGUGGAGCUUUUAAAAGCAAGCAACUUUUGUAUUUGGAGAAGUAUCAUCCUAAAAUGCGGCUGCGCUUCAAAGAUUCCAACAAUCAUAUAAACAACUGUUGCAUUCAAUAA